GCAGACUGUAAACAGAGAGCACGCUGACGCUCGCCGAAGGUGGUGCCCCGGGAUGCCAACGCAGCUGGUGUUGGCUCUGCUCGCGGCCACAGCGGCGUGCGCCCUUGCCCGGCCUCCAGAGCCCACGCCGCCGCGGGUGGUGGCGCUGGAGGCCGCGCCGCGCGGCCCACUCCGCCAGCGCGUGCCCAUUCCAGAGUCGCGAGAGUACCUGUUACCGAGGUUCCUCUUGCCGCACUUUCUAGGCUACGAUGACAGCCCCCGGAUGCCUCCACCGCCGCAGCGAACUUUACCCGAUCAUGAUUGGCUAAAUAAGGAAAUUGAUCGCAUCAAUCAGAUGUCAAGUGAAAGCGACUCCUUUAUGAGGCCGUACGACGACGACUUGGCUCACUGGAUUGCCCGCGAUCCGUAUUUGCAGCGUAUGUUUGAAAACCCUGUGAGAACAGUUCCUAGACAAAAAUUGAUUCCAGAGUCUAUGAACGAAGCAGAUGAAACCAGAGAGAUACCGCGACAAAUGCUCACCCCUUCUAUUCAUAAAAUAAAAGGCCUAAGCAAACGCCCCGAGAAACCUACUGAUGAUACAGAUGAUAGAAAAUCAUUUGCACUUACGCCUCUCGAUAAGGGAUAUUUUGAACCAGAUCUAAAUGCAAAGAGCCAACAAGAAGAGGUCGUAGUGGACACGGGCAGUAUCCAGGAACCUUUGGCAGCUAUGGUCAAAGAGCCACCCCGCCAAACUCGGCAGAAUCCCAAUCUCAGCCGAACCAAAACACUCGUCACCGAAAACAUAGAUAAACUGAGAAGCGGGCUGGCUAAUAAGGACUACCGAUUACCCGUCUCCUUACUGCCAACCAACCUGGGCUGGUUGAAAAUUAAUACUAUUGAGGAUGAGGAGAGCAACGGGCACGAAGAAGGUUUGAUGGGAGAGAAGGGCAGAGAGAACAUUCACGUGCUGGAGGCCUCCAGCAACGACCCCAUAGACCCGCUGUUGUUUGCCGCCGUGGGCGGGGCUAUUGCGGCAGCUGUCAGCCUCACCAUAUUCGGAUUCACCUUCGCGUGGUAUACGUUGGCCAAAAAAGCGAAGGCAGCUGCUGACGUGGACUAUCCGGCGUACGGGGUGACGGGGCCCACGGUCGACUCGUCAGGGGACAGGAAGCUCGCACACUCGGCGCACAUGUACCAUUAUCAGCACCAGAAGCAACAGAUCAUUGCAAUGGAAAACCGGAUAGACCUGGAGCAGCGCCUGGGCUCGGUGUCGGAGCCGGAGUCGGAGGAGGAGAACGAGGAAGGCGACUACACCGUGUACGAGUGCCCCGGGUUCGCCACGACUGGUGACAUGGAGGUGAAGAACCCGUUGUUCUCCGACGACCCCACCCCGGCCACUCCCGGCAAAUGCGAUGUGGUCAAACCCCAACCCAAGGACUAACUGCAUACUAUACAUUCUUUCUUCAGUCUUCGUUUGUUCAAUAUAGAUCUCCAAUAACUUGGUUAAUCCACUUUUAGUUAGCAUUGUUUAAUUAUGUAUAUUUAUUAGAUUUACCUACAAAUAUUUUGAUGAUUUUUAAUUACGCUUGUGAUGGAUGCGAGCGUGUCGUUCUGCAUCAACAAUUUAUAUCGAGAGUUACUUCUAUAUUUGUUUUAGACCAUUAGUUCAAACAAUCUUACUAAAAACAUUAUACACCAAUAAAUUAAGUUAAAAAAAAUGUUAUACAAGUUGGCUUCCAAAACUACGAUUAAAAGGCUAUGUAUAGAACUGAAUCUAAAUUCUCAAGUCAGUUUUAAAUACUUACGGAUUUUUAAAGUAUAACAAACUUUAUGUACCUCUUCACAUAUCUUCUAUUUAACAAGGUACCAAUAUAUAAAAUGAAAAUAAUUCUUUUGUUCGUGUUUGGACAUAUAUUAUUACCUACCUACUGUUAAAACUCUGGAAAAUAUUCCGG